CUGCGCGGGGAGGGGGCAGCGCGACUCCCUAGUAAAGAGCGGCUGCGCGCAGUUUCCGGCGGCCGCUUGUGCCCCUCUCCGCGAGUUUCCCCAGCGGCUACGCAGCCAUGUCUUGCACCCGAGUGGCGCUGGUGACCGGGGCCAACAAGGGCAUCGGCUUCGCCAUCACCCGCGAGCUCUGCCGGCGGUUCCCGGGGGACGUGGUGCUCACGGCGCGGGACGAGGCGCGGGGCCGGGCGGCGGUGCAGCAGCUGCAGGCCGAGGGGCUGAGCCCGCGCUUCCACCAGCUGGACGUGGACGACCUGCAGAGCAUCCGCGCGCUGCGCGACUUCCUGCGCAGGGAGUACGGGGGCCUCGACGUGCUGGUCAACAACGCGGGCAUCGCCUUCAAGAUGGCAGAUCCCACACCCUUUCAUAUUCAAGCAGAAGUAACAAUGAAAACAAACUUUUUUGGUACCCGAGAUGUCUGCACAGAGCUGCUCCCCCUGAUGAAACCACAAGGGAGAGUGGUGAACGUGUCAAGCAUGGUGAGUCUCUCAUCCCUUAAACGCUGCAGCCCAGAGCUGCAGCAGAAGUUUCGAAGUGAGACCAUCACCGAGGAGGAGCUGGUGGGGCUCAUGAACAAGUUCGUGGAAGACACGAAGAAUAAAGUGCACGAGAAGGAAGGCUGGCCCAACACUGCAUAUGGGGUGUCCAAGAUCGGCGUCACGGUCCUGUCCAGAAUCCAAGCCAGGAAACUCAGUGAAGAGAGGAGAGGGGACAAGAUCCUACUGAACGCCUGCUGCCCGGGGUGGGUGAGAACUGACAUGGCGGGGCCCUCGGCUACCAAAAGCCCAGAAGAAGGAGCAGAGACCCCCGUGUACUUGGCCCUUCUGCCCGCUAAUGCUGAGGGGCCACAUGGACAGUUUGUUCAGGAAAAAAGAGUUGAACAAUGGUGAGCGCACCUCACACCUCCACCCGUGGUUGCCAUAUUGUACCGUAGGCUGAUGUGACACAAAGGACAUUGGUAUUGUCCAGAAUAUCCCUGUUUAACAAAAAAUAAACCAUCCCAGUCAAGUAUUCAUUACUAACCUAGUGGAAUAAGCUACUCACUAAGCAGAUACUAAUUCUUUGAUGGCUUUUGUGACAUUCUCUUUGACCUACCAAGAAGAAAAGGAGAAAUGGCUAGAAAUAAUGAAUAAAAUAAUUUCUGAAUAAA